UUUGAGAGUGAGUCGACCCUUUUUCGCUUUAGUAAAAACUUGAUUAAACGAAACUAAAUGUAAAUAGGGGGGCUUCUACUUCUAGACGCCUUAGAUUGAUGACAUACCUGUCAGUAGGACGAACAAAUAUUAAUAUCUACGAUUUCAAUGAGCGUGACCUUUUCGCUCUCGUUGUUCUCCACUUCUACCAUUGUGGGGAUUCAGGACGAAAUAAUUCCGUAUUAUGGUGCGCCUCCACAGUUUUUUGGAAAGAUUACUGUGGCGAAGAGCAACUUUCUGACGCACUUUGAGGCAGCGACUCGUGAGAAGGGUUUCGGCAGCAAGCAGUGCAAGAGCAACGGCGUCAAGUUUGAUCAGAAGCUGUGCAAGGUUCCCAU